GUGGUAAUAUUAAAAUGGGCGCUGUUGACCAUCAAGCAAAACGUCAAACUUCAAUUGGCUGUCAUAACCUGCAGCUAGAUGUGUAGUAGUAAAAUUUAAUAAAUCAAAUUACUAGUGUUAGUUAAAGAAUCCGAGCCAUUACGGUCGCAACAUUAACGCGAACAAGAAGAUGUUUGCAUUUACUGAAAGAGGGAAAAAUGCGUCCUCUAUUUGACGCCUAACCUAUAACCUGUAGUAACAAAUAAAGCAAAUAAACAAUUUCAGGACAAGAAAAUAAAACUCGCGAUAAGACGAAGCGAACAACAACAUAACAAUGUUCAAUAGAUUCAAAUCUGCGCUUCUCACUGCUGUCGGGGCCAGUGAACUAGGACUCGAGUAUCCGCCUGAAUCGGACAGUGAAAUUGGAACAGAUUUUCUCAACUCUAAUCUAGUCUUUGAAGUUGAGACUAAACCUUAUAGCAGACCAAGUUUCCUGGGUCUUACCAAUGAAGAGACACAGGUAAGCGCUGACCAUCGAGUGCGACCUAUAAUUGUCCCGAGAGAUUUGAGUCGGUUGCCUUGGUGCGCAGGCUAUGCAGAGUGCAUUAAUGCUGGUAAGAGUACCUGGAAUGAGGAUCAAGCAACUGCGACCCGUGGGGAUUUAAAGUUGGUCGAUUCGAACAUCACGCUGCCCUACAUAAUGUUUUCAAUGUUUGAUGGUCAUGCUGGAUACCAAGUAGCCUUAACGGCAAGGCUACAUCUCCACAGGAUAAUUUAUGAAAAGCUCGCUUCCAUACCUGGCGAGCAUCUACUCAGCGCGAAACAAGGUGGUUUAGUCAAUGGCAGAGAUCUGGUUGUAGGUGCUAUUGAGCUUGCCUACAAUCAAAUGGAUCAAAUGGUGGAACUGCAGUCACAGAAAGGAGGCGGCGGUUGCACAGCCAUCACGAUACUCUUUCUCAAUGGCAUUUUGUACGCAGCUGGUGCUGGUGAUUCCAGAGCAAUAUUGGUGGUUGGUGAGCAAGAACGUGCGUUGACGCGGGAUCAUACACCUGAUUCAGAGUCGGAUCGUGUAAGAGCCUUGGGUUCUUUGAGGGGAGGAGAAUUGCUGAGGGGCCAAUUUACCGCGCUCGAAUUCCGUAGGCGUCCACUAGAGCGGGAACUGGGCUCUCACGUCAUUUACAGAGAACCUUACAUGACGGGCUGGGCCUUCAAGACACUGACCCACUCAGACCUGAAACUGCCCCUCAUUUCUGGACGUGGAAAAAGGAGCAGAGUAAUGGGUACUAUAGGCGUGACUAGGGGCUUUGGAGACCACGGAUUAAAGGCUGCGAACACGGGAGUGACGAUAAAACCGUUUUUGUCAUCCCAACCUGAAGUGCAAUCCCUGAAACUCGAGGAAUAUGAUCUCAGCGAGAGAGAUUGCGUAAUCAUCGCCACUGACGGACUCUGGGACGUCGUUUCAGACGAGGAGGCAGCUAACAUUUUGAGGAAGACGGUCGCUCCCGAUACUCCGUCGUUGGAAUACCGUCUGACUAUGGGAGCUCAGGAGCUGGUGCAGGCUGCGCGAGGACGAUUGGUGGGCCGCGUGUGGCGAGGGAAAGUUGAAAAUCCCGAAGAUAAAGAAAUGAAAAUAUUGCCGAUGGCGUCAGUCGACGAUAUAAGUGUACUUGUUGUGCCGUUGUAUCCUUAUCUGUGCGAGCAUAAGCAAUGGCUGAAGACUAUUCAACAAGAUCAGAGGCACGCUCUUGACACGAUGCAAUCCUCCGCCACGAACUAAAUCCAAAGAUCGUUGGCGCAAGAAAAUCUUAUGAGAAGACGUAUUACAUAGAAAUAAGUGACGAUAUAGCAAAUUAAGGAAAAAAGAAAGCUAAUUUAGAACAAUUUUCCUACUAAUCUUUUAUCAGAAAAACUUGGAACCCCAUGAGAUGAGGGUCCCAAGGGUUAGUGAAAUCCACCUUAUAGGUGGUUAGAGAAUAAUGCGUGUCACGUAAUGGGUUGUUAAUAUUGUUAAUGAUAGGUUAGCGUAUACAAAACGUGGAAUAGUAUGUUUCGUCUUUAUUUAUUACCACGUUCUAUCGUAUGUUUUAAACAUUUUCCAUUCGGUCUCGUAUAAACAUUCGCAUGUGCGAUCUAGGUACUAAGGGCAUAUUUUUUCAAAAAUUUAGGUACACACACGGUAUAGGGUAAAUGUCGCAAGGAACAUUGGCAAAUCACAACUUUCGAAAAUAACUUUCGAAUAAUGGGAAGAUUAGCAACAAUGUUGAUAAUAAUUACGAUGAAUUUUUAUGCAUACAUGAACCAUGAAUACGUGUAUAUCGCCACGUAAUUAGAUUUAUAUGACCACCCAUUAAUGAUAUUUUUGUGGUUUUUUUUUAUCCUAUAUAGAGUUGUUACUCAAUAAUCGACAUUCCAAUAAAUAAUACAGGUGUAAAUACGUAUAACCUGUAUUCGUAGGUGACAAGGUUUUUUUCUCGUAACAGAGAAUGAACGCACUUUCUGGGGAUUUAACAGAAUGAUUCUGGAAAUCGGAAGUAUUUCCAAUAGUGAAAAUCGUGGCAUUUGCAAUGAUUUUAUUUAUUAUGCCGUAUGGCACUUGAAAUUGGUAUAACCAAUUGAAACACACAAUAUUCCUAUCUUGCUGCUGUGCACCGUAUAAGUAUUUAUAUUUCUGUACAUGAAAACUAAGAAUUAUAAUUGAAUAUCAAUGCACAGAAUUUUUUUUUAUUAAUAUUAGUAUUCUUGUACAAUUUGAAUAUAAAAUAUUAUACAUUUCAACUACUUAAAAUUAAUUCUUGUGUACGAAAGCACUGAUACUUUACGAUAUAUACGUAUCAAUUCUCAACGAUCAAAUAUAUGCAACCAAUCGUGGAAGCUAACAAAAUGAAACCGACAUUCGUUAAUGUGCACGUCGGCGUAGUUAUGUUAUGUCAAUAUAUAAAAUAUCACCAGGACGA